UUUCGCUCGGCAGUUCGAAGACGCCCCGAUGUUGAUAACGCGCGUUGAUUCCUCACGACCAGAGUCCUCCCUAACCCGCGCCGAGGCCCAACCUCUGUCGCUCGCACGAGUGCGAGAGUGGCGCGGGAUGGGAGGCAAUCGAGUCAGGAAUAAGUGGCACAGCGGACGGGACGUCUCUAUUCGAGUAUCGGCGAUCACGCAACAGUAGCGGACAGAUGAUAGAUAAUCGCCGUCCUGUCUUUCGUAAGUCAGCGGAGCGCCCGACGAGCGGCCGACACUGCCGACAUAUAUCGUAAUGUGACACAUUCAAAGCAAACACAACAAACAUUCUGUUUAAAAUGGCAGCGAUUUGUUCCGGACGACCUGGUUGGUUAGGAAAACUCGGAAUAGCAUUGUUAGCCACCUGGUUUUUAGUAUUGAUUAUAUCUAUGGUUCAUAUAUUUAAGUCCAAUUCCUUGUCAAACCGUGAUGCUAGUACUGCCAACAAAGAGAAUACACAACGCUUAGCACAAAUGGUUAACGACUUUGAAAUUUUAAAGAAGCAAAAUGACGCUUUGAAGAACUUUAUAUUAGGAGAAGGCUCAAAAUCCAUACAAGGUGAUCAUUUAGGUUCCAUACAAGACAAAUUUGAGAAAGCAUCAGUCUAUUAUGAUCUAAUGGAUCAUCAAGAUGGAUCAAAACAUGGCAUUCCCUCUUCGGAAUAUGAAGAAUUGCGACGACGAUUGAGAAAUGACAUUCAGGAAAUGUGGUACUACAUCAGCGCAGAAUUAAACAAAUUUAAGAAGCAUAUUGAUGAGUUCACAUAUGAUCAGAGAGAAAAGGAAAUACAAGAUGUGAUAAAAAAUGCAUGGGAACACAAAAAAUCAUUAAUAAUGAAUAUUGAUAAGUUGAAAAAAGCAGAUGGUUACAACGAAUGGCGAGAGAAGGAAGCAAAAGAUUUAUCCGAUCUCGUUCAGAGAAGAUUUAGGUAUCUGCAAAAUCCUACUGACUGUAAUAAAGCAAAAAAAUUGAUAUGUAGUUUAAAUAAAGGGUGUGGUUUUGGUUGCCAGAUUCAUCACAUCACAUACUGCUUUUUAGUGGCUUAUGGUACAGAAAGGACAUUGAUAAUAAAAUCGAAAGGAUGGAGAUAUCACAAGGAUGGCUGGGAGUCUGUUUUUAAACCCCUCAGUGAUACUUGUGUGUCUACAACCGGUAUCUCACAUUCUAAUUGGCCUGGAGAUUCUUCUAAACAAAUAAUAUCUCUGCCAAUCGUAGACAAUGUUUAUCCUAAGCCAAGAUUCCAGCCACCUAGCGUACCUGCAGACUUAGCGCCUAGAUUAGAGAAGAUUCAUGGUCAUCCUCUUGUUUGGUGGGUGGGACAAGUAUUAAAAUACUUGAUGCGACCUCAAGAUCACGUGAGGAAUACACUGGAGAGGACGAAAGAAAAGCUCGGUUUUAAAAAACCUAUUGUCGGUAUUCACGUACGUCGAACCGACAAAGUAGGCACCGAGGCAGCUUAUCAUGACAUAGACGAAUAUAUGACUAAAGUAGAACAAUAUUUCGAUGAACUCGAAACAAAGCCAGAUGUGAGAAGAGUCUUUUUAGCCAGCGACGAUCCAAAAGUGAUUAUAACAGCUAGGAAACGUUAUCCCAAUUACGAGAUAAUAGGCGAUCCAGAAAUUGCCGAAACGGCAUCUGUAGCGAAGCGAUAUUCGGACACCUCAUUGCAAGGAAUAAUUAUUGAUAUCCAUCUUCUAUCGGAAUGCGAUUACUUAGUGUGUACGUUCAGUUCCCAAGUAUGUCGCGUUGCGUAUGAGUUAAUGCAAACUUUCUAUCCAGAUGCGUAUGACAGAUUCACAUCUCUCGAUGAUAUAUAUUAUUAUGGAGGGCAAAAUCCACAUCCUCACGUGGCUAUUUUAGAUCACAAACCGAGGAAGAACGGAGAGCUAGAGUUAAAAGUCGGUGACUUGAUCGAUGUUUUUGGUAAUCACUGGGAUGGUUUCUCCAAGGGAUACAACACUAGAACUAGUAUGACAGGAUUAUUUCCUAGUUUUAAAGUUAAGAACCCCGUUGAUGCUGUGGAUUUUCCAAAGUAUUCGAAUAUUCCUUUGCUGGAAAAUAAAGAUAAUUAAAGAAUGUCUGAGUAAAAUCGAUCUUUGAAAGACUGGAUUAUCGAAAUUUCAAUGACUCAUUACUUCUUUGGAUCAAAUUAAGAAGAGAUAUUAGCAAAGAUGACAUGGCACGAUGUAUAUAUUUUGCUACUUGUAAACUACGAUUUUAAUGCUUGUAAAUUCUUACAGAUGUCCA